AUGUCGGAUGAUCCGCUCGAGCCAUCAUCAAAGUCUUCUCCGGUUAGCACUUUAUCAUCACCAACAAAGCAAUCGUCUCCACCACCCUCGUCAUUUGUCAUUAUACCAAAUCUAUCAUCCUUGGGAGGAGGCAUUGCUGGAUUGACGGGAGCGGCAUUAUUGUACCUGUAUCAAUGUGAACUGAUUUACCCAAGCUCUUUUCCUGAAGGCUCAAGAUUACAUGUGGCCAAACCCUCCGAUUAUGGCAUUGACCAUUUCACAGAAGAACGUCUAAAAACACGAGAUCAUAUCCGGCUGCACACCUACGUAAUGACUGUCAGCAAAGAUCCAGAGCAAAUCAAAGCAGCGCCAACAAUUCUUUAUUUCCAUGCUAAUGCAGGUAAUAUGGGUCAUAGACUUCCUAUUGCCAAAAUAUUUCAUGAACGGCAUCGCUGCAAUGUAGUCAUGCUUUCUUAUCGUGGCUAUGGGCACAGCGAAGGCAAACCAAACGAGAAAGGUUUACGAAUCGAUUCACAGACAUUGCUUGAAUAUGUCCGCACACACCCAUUGCUCAAAUAUACCCGGCUUAUUGCGUAUGGUCAAUCGAUUGGUGGUGCUGUAGCUAUUGAUUUAGUGGCACGUAAUGAGGAUGCAUUUGCUGGUCUCAUUGUAGAGAAUACAUUCUUGAGUGUGCCCAAAUUGAUCCCUCAUGUCUUGCCUGUGCUCCGCCAUUUUACUUUUCUUUGUCAUCAACAUUGGACAUCUGAAAACAGUGUACGACGUAUAACCAAGACGCCCGUGUUAUUCUUGUCAGGUGCAUGUGAUGAGCUUGUACCCCCGACGCAUAUGCGAAAAUUGCAUGAUCAAUGUGGCAGUCGGUGCGGCAAGGACUGGAAGCAAUUCCCUAAUGGGAUGCACAAUGACACAUGCAUGCAGCCAGGCUAUUUUACAGCUAUCGGCGAGUUUCUAACAAACCGUACCCUUGAUCGGACAUCUCCUCUCCCAGCUGUUGAUCAAGCAAGCACAUCCACCACUAAAAAGAAGAAAUAUGGAUUGCAAGGAAGGAGGAAAAGUACCAAUUGGUAG